GUAACGUAAACGGAAAAGUUGAGCAUUACCGAGCUAUUCCGUACGGAUAACAAGUUGUGUGUUUAGCGCUGUUUUGUGGCUAUGUGGGUUCCCCUUCCGAGUUUCCGUCAAAUUAUUUGUAAAGCUUUGGCCCUAUCAUCUACUGCGUGGAAACGUAGGUUCAGAAUGCCUGAGACUUCACUUUACAUCAAUGGAUAUCAGAACGGACACAUGGAGUCGGAGCUGGUAGAAGAGGACACGUUUCUCUUUACAUCGGAAUCCGUCGGCGAAGGACAUCCAGACAAGAUGUGCGACCAGAUCAGCGACGCCAUCUUGGACGAGCACCUCCGCCAGGACCCGGACGCCAAGGUGGCCUGCGAGACGGUCACCAAGACGGGGAUGAUCCUGGUGUGUGGCGAGAUCACCUCCAAGGCCCACGUGGACUACCAGAAAGUAAUCCGCGAUACAGUCAGACACAUAGGCUACGAUGAUUCCUCUAAAGGGUUCGACUACAAGACGUGCAGUGUAAUACAAGCGCUAGACCAGCAGUCUCCGAACAUUGCGGCCGGCGUCCACCUGGGCCGAGACGACGACAAUGUGGGAGCCGGAGAUCAGGGGCUGAUGUUCGGCUACGCCACGGACGAGACGGAAGAAUGCAUGCCUCUGACGAUUGUGCUGGCCCACAAGCUGAACCAGCGGUUGGCAGAACUGCGCCGCAGUGGAGCGUUCUGGUGGGCGCGCCCUGACUCCAAGACACAGGUGACGUGCGAGUACUACACGAGUGGUGGGGCGUGCGUGCCGGUGCGCGUGCACUCGGUGGUGGUGUCGGUGCAGCACAGUGACAAGGUGAGCCUGGCGGAGCUGCGGCGCGAGGUGAUGGAGCAGGUGGUGCGCGAGGUGAUUCCUGCCCGCUACCUGGACGCCCGCACCGUCUACCACAUCAACCCCUGCGGCACCUUCGUCAUCGGCGGCCCCCAGAGCGACGCUGGUCUGACGGGGCGCAAGAUCAUCGUGGACACGUACGGAGGCUGGGGGGCCCACGGCGGCGGGGCCUUCUCGGGCAAGGACUUCACCAAGGUGGACCGCUCAGCUGCGUAUGCCGCUCGCUGGGUCGCCAAGUCGCUCGUGAAGGCUGGCCUGUGCAGGCGCUGCCUCGUCCAGGUGUCGUAUGCCAUCGGAGUGGCGGAGCCUCUGUCCAUCACAGUGUUCGACUACGGCACCGCCAUCAACAAGACGCCGAAGCAACUGCUGGACGUCGUGCACAAGAACUUCGACCUGCGUCCUGGCAAGAUCGUCAAGGACCUGAAUCUGCGCAACCCCAUCUACCAGCAGACGAGUGCCUACGGCCACUUCGGGCGGGACAUCUUCUCCUGGGAGAAGCCCAAGCCGCUACUGCUCGACUGAUGAGCGCCUUGCGUCUGUUCACACUUCUUUUAGGUUUUAACACACACACACAUUUUUUAUUCAGCUGCAUUGUUACCUCGUGUAGCUGUUAGCCUGCUAGGUAUUGUUGAUUGUAGCUGUGUACAAGUCUUGUGGCAUUCUGAACCUUCGUGAAAUUCCAAGAUUCACCGUGCUGCCCUUGAUCGUGUUACGUUCCUUAACCAUCCGAGUGGCUGUGAAGUGCUGGCAGUGCCACACGAGAGGCGGAAAGAGGGAGUGAAGGGAAUCUGAAGAAUUUUUUAUUCUGUCUUGAGGGAAGCAAAGCAGACCUCUUAACGAACCACAGUUGAGAUGUUAUUUUCGACUGCAAGGUGUGUGGCUUACGAAAGCGACUUUACCACUAGCGUUUUUCUCAGUUCUGGUGGAAACCACACAUUUUGUGUUGUGUUUACGAAAAAGAAUCUAUUGGAAAAGAGCCUUUCCGAAAACACUCCGGUUUGUUAAGAUGCCCGGGCGUGAUGCAGCAGUGAUCGAUCGUGCCCUCUUGGUGCAACCAAGUGCUCGUUUAUUUAUUAAUAUAAUUGUUAGCAACUCUUUUUGCAUUUUCAGUUGUGCAUACAGUGCACCUCAUGGGAUCUGCUGCAGCUUUGUUCAUCCCUCGUAAAUGUUUCCACUUUCAUUGUGAUAAUUGUUUACAUAUGAGAUGACAACAAAAUAAAAAUAAGUUUCAUUUCCA